GCACUCCAUUAAAGCUCAUCUCGCCAUGCUCGUCUCUCCCCCGAGAUCCGCACCUCCCCGCCGGUGAGUAUGGCUCCCCGGCCGCAGUCCCCGUGCUCUUCUCCCCGGGCUAAGCUCCGUAAGGGAGGUGGCGCGGUGCCGCAGAGCCCGCGGCGGCUCGUGGUGGUAGUGGUGUCGGCGGCGCUUAGAAGGAGGGGAUUGUUGUUGUUGGUUCCACUGAUGUAUUUGGUAGCUAUGGUUGUGUUCAUGGGGUGCUGGGAUCUUGAGUUCGUGCCGGUGAGGGUUGGGGUUGCCAUUCUCCGGCGGUCGCCGCCCGGCGCGGUGUAUAAAAGCCCUCAGGUUUUCAAGAAACUUUGGCCUUUCAUGCAAGCUGAUGUUAAUCACUCCAAUGCGUUGGCAACAGCUUGGCAUUCAAAAGCAAGCCAGAGAUGGAAGUCUUGUUUCAGCAAGAAAUUGCAUAAAAAAGAAUUGCCACCUUCAAAUGGCUUUCUAAUAAUUGAAGCAAAUGGUGGCCUCAAUCAACAGCGUUUAUCAAUCUGUGAUGCUGUGGCUGUAGCUGGCAUGUUAAACGCAACUCUGGUUAUCCCCAUGUUUCAUCUGAACAGUGUUUGGCGUGAUUCUAGCAAGUUUGGUGAUAUUUUUGAUGAAGAAUACUUCAUUGAUACCCUCAAAAGCCAUGUAAGAGUGGUUAAGGAGCUCCCCGAAGAUAUCCUGCAGCGGUUUGACAAUAAUAUCAGCAACAUAAUCAAUAUGAGAGCAAAGGCCCUAUCAACCAAAUCCUAUUAUCUACAAAAGGUCCUUCCAAAAUUGUUAGAAUUGGGGGCAGUGCGUAUUGCUCCUUUCUCAAAUAGAUUGGCACAUUCAGUUCCACCCAGCAUUCAAGCUCUGAGAUGUUUGGCCAAUUAUGAAGCUUUACAAUUUUCUGAACCAAUAAGAGGCCUUGCAAAAGAUAUGGUAGACAGGAUGCUGAAGAAAAGCUCAAACACCAGUGGGAAGUAUAUAUCAGUGCAUCUUCGUUUUGAAGAGGAUAUGGUAGCGUUUUCUUGUUGUACUUACGAUGGUGGAAAGGAGGAGAAACGUGAGAUGGAUAAUGCUCGGGAAAGGAGCUGGCGAGGCAAGUUUAGAAGACCUGGUAGGGUGAUAAAUCCAGAAGCAAAUAGAAUGGAUGGAAAAUGCCCAUUAACUCCACUGGAGGUUGGAAUGAUGCUUAGAGGCAUGGGAUUUGGAAAUAAUACACCAAUUUAUGUUGCUUCGGGUAAAAUAUACAAUGCAGAAAAAUAUAUGGCACCUCUCCGUCAAAUGUUUCCACUGUUAGAGACAAAAGAAACUCUAGCUUCUGCAGAUGAGCUUGCCCAAUUCAAGGGAUAUUCAUCUCGGCUGGCUGCGCUUGAUUAUACAGUUUGCGCUCACAGUGAAGCAUUCGUUACAACUCAAGGUGGCAAUUUUCCACAUUUUCUACUGGGACACAGGCGAUACCUUUAUGCUGGACAUUCAAAGACAAUACAACCUGACAAAAGGAAACUGGUCUUAGCUCUGGAUAACCCCAACAUCAGAUGGGAUAGAUUCAAGCGAAGUAUGCAGGAAAUGCUUCGGCGAAGUGAUUUAAAGGGUGUUGGACAAAGGAAAAGCAAUGCAUCCAUCUACACAUUUCCCAUGCCCGACUGCAUGUGCCAGCAGCAAUCAGAAACAUAAAGUCGCAGAGUGUAUACGAUGAAAACCAGUCAUAUAUCAUACUCAAAAGUAGGAUUUGUUGAUACCCAUGUAAGUAUUCUCACAUCUACGAUGAUUUCAUUCCCUUAGAAAUUCUUUCAAUUUUUUCAUAGAUCAGCAGCAUUCCUGUUUGUUCUAAUUUUAGUUGUCUAUAUUUUGAUCAUUCUCAUGUUCUGUAUUCCUUCCUUCGUCCAAUUCUUUGUGUAUGUAAAAAAUAUCAAGUUGUAUCCUACGGUCAAAACUUUUCGUAAUAUCACCGAUUUGUCAGUCUUUUUUUUUGCUCCAAGUACUAACCGAUGAUUUGGACACGGCGAUUAUCGCCGGUUUUUAUCAUUACAUGUUUUGAUUCAACCAAGUUUGUCACCUACCAGAUGUUAUUAUUCUUUUGUAUUAUUCUGUGUUUGUUUUGUUGA